AUGGUACAAAAGCCUAUUUUCUUUGAACAAGUUAAGUCAUGCAUCCUAAGCUUUCAUAAUACUAAUGACAAGAGUGUCACGGACGAAACGCAUUUUUUACAAAGCUUAUGUGAGGCUAUAGAAUCUGUCCUACGCAUGGGACUAAAGUGUAGUCAUCGCCUAAUAAAGCGAAAAGAUUAUUGGAACUGGAUGAAAAGCAUUCCACGCAUUUACGAAAAAUGGGAAAUAUUUGUCCACCCAAGUUACUUGCAGGCAAUCAAUCACGUUCACAAAUGCCGUAGUGUCACCACUGCUCAAGGACGUGGGCGUCUCCUUAUUCGUAUGUUAUUGAGUUCCGGAACUUUGGAUUUCCCAUUUAAGUUACUGCUAAAUAACAUGCAUUUAUCAGCUGCAUUCUAUGAGGAGUCCGAGUCAGUUAUGGGGAACGAUAUUCUUAUUCAAAUAUUUUGUUCUCUUGUCAGUGAGGUUUGUCGGAUUCCUUUUAAUUUGAAUGUGGAUAAUACGGAAUUCCUUGAUGAAACAUGGUGUCUUCCAACAUUUAAGACGUUUACAUUCGUUCCAUGCAAAAUGCUUGGUGCUCGUGUCGAAACGGUAGAUGGCCAUUAUUUAGUUACAGAAGUAGAUCCUACUGGAGUUGUUGCAGAAGAUCAUCAGAUAACUGUUGGUGAUAUUCUAUCUACCAUGUAUGGUUGUAUAUUACACAAUUCUGGACUCUUUUUAAAUAAUCUUCGAUCUCUUUAUGAUGGCCAACCCAUUCCAGUUGGUGUUACGAAAGCUCUAAUGCCUGACGGGCGUAUAUAUCCCCGUUUAAGAUCUCUUUUAGAACAAUAUGGUUAUGUCAAUUUGAUUACAGACCUCGAAAGAUCAGGACCAGUUCAUAUUAUUUACAAUUCGAAGUUCCUCAAUCAGGAACCUUGGUAUCAUUUUCGAUAUAUUGGACAAUGUGAAGUGGGUUCAAGUGGUGGGGUUGAUUUGAUAAAUCAAUCUAUUGUUUUUGUUCUAAGUAAUUUAAAAAAUUCAGAUGAGCAAUGUCCUGUGCAUAUUGAAUUGGGUGAAUUGGGAGUGAUUGUAUGGCAGUUACAGCGGAAAGAUAAUAAAGUUUGUCGUAGUGAAGAACCUCUUCUACGUCAUUCCUAUCCACAAAUAUCUUCAUGCGGUCGAAGAACCGAUGGGACCAAUUAUUUUGCAUAUAUAGCCGGUGAGGAAUCAUGCACUACAGCUAGUCAUUUUACAUGUUAUGUAUUUGAAUCAACGGAUAAAGAAGAAGCUAGAAGAAUUAUAUCCGGUUUAUCAAUGGGCUUUGAUAGAACACAUUGGACUUUAUAA